AUGCUGCCACGCAGACGGAGAACCGCGUUUCCGCAUCCCGGUGAUGAGCAAGCCUGGGUGACGGACGACGGCGAGGAGAGCACGACGACGGACGAUGAUGGAGGCGAGAACGGAUCGGGUGGCGGUGGGGGCCAGGUCGGACGGAGCCGCCCUCUUUCUCCUCCUCUUCCUCCUCCUCCCGCAGCGCGCCGCCGACAGCAAGUCAGGCCGGCGAAGCGGCUGAAGCGGGACGGUGAGGGCGCUCGUAGUACUGCUACUACUACCGCGGCUGCGGCUGUUGAUGAGGAUGUCUCGGAUCGGUCGGGGGAGCGCGGACGGGGAACGUCGGCGCCGUUGAGGAGCUUGGAGAGGGGGAUCAGUCCGCCGGCGAGGAGAGUUGUGGAUGGUGAGGCCGAGACGGCGGAGGACGUGGAGGAUGAAGUGCAGAAGGUGGUGGCUACGGGGAAGAAGGUGGGCGUGGUGCCUGCUGCGGAGAACAACCGUCGGCGACGAGAGGCUGAAGAGGUGUUGGACAAGGUUGCCACGGCGCCUCCAGCAGCAUCGUUUGUCAAGAACGAUAGUAAUGCGGGGAUGGGGAAGACUACGUUCGUUCCAUCGCCAAUUCAGCUUACGCGCAUACGCGAUCUUCCUUCGGCUGCCAAUGUGGACUCUGUCGCCCUGAAAGAUAUUUUGGGCGAUCCGCUGAUUGUUGAGAUGUGGCAAUUCAACUACAUGUUCGAUGUGGAUUUCCUGAUGAGUGCUCUAGAUGAGGACGUGAGGGAUAGUAUGAGGGUCAAGGUCGUGCAUGGAAAUUGGCGCAGAGAGGACGCUCAGAGGCAAUUGCUGGAGCAGUGGGGGAAGCAAUACCCCAACCUCGAAGUCAUCCAAGCUUGGAUGCCGGAAGCUUUUGGAACACAUCACAGCAAAAUGAUGAUCCUCAUCCGUGCAGACGACUCCGCACAAGUUGUCAUUCAUACCGCCAAUAUGAUCGCCAAAGACUGGACGAACAUGACCAACGCCGUCUGGCGCUCUCCACUCCUGCCUCUUUCACCCGGCAUGGGCCAACCUCAUCAGAAUACAUCCGUAUAUACUUCCGCAAGCAAUAUCAACGCAAUUGGCAACAUAAAUCAUCCCGUCGGCACAGGGCAGAGAUUUAAGAUCGACCUUCUUCGUUACCUGUCCGCUUACGGCAAGCGUCUCAGCGCCUUGACAAAACAGCUCGUCCAGUAUGACUUCUCUACCAUCCGCGCCGCACUCGUGGCAAGCACUCCGGGCCGCGUAAAGCUUCAAGAUGCAAACCCUACCGAGCGGACAUCUUGGGGCUGGGUCGGGCUGCGCGAAGUCCUCGGCCAGAUCCCGCUUACCACCGCGCCGUCAUCAAGCACAGCGGCCAGCGAGCAGCACAUGACCGUCGCCCAGAUCUCCUCGAUAGCCACGCUCGACCAGACCGGCGCGUGGCUGGACCACUUCCGCUCCGUCCUCGGAACGAGUAAGCACACCUCCUCCAAUCCACCACCACCACGCCCACCCCGCCCCAAACCAGCGGCGGCGGCAGCGGCAGCCACAGCAGCAGCGAACCAGUCCCACGACCGCCGCCGCCGCCACCGCCCGCCAUCCUUCCACAUCGUCUUCCCCACCGCCGCCGACGUGCGCGCCUCGCUCGACGGCUACCGCGCCGGCGCCUCCAUCCACUUCAAGACGCGCAAGACGGCCGCCCAGCGCAAGCAGCUCGCCUACAUGCGUCCGCGCUUGUGUCGGUGGAACACCAGCGGCGGCGGCAAUGAUGGGCAGCAGCAGCAGCAGCCGAAGGCGGCAGUGGCACUGGCAUGGAGAAGCCCGGCGGCGCCGCACGUCAAGACGUAUGCGCGGUAUGCGACGACGGUGGACGCGGCGACGCGGGUCGAGUGGGCGAUGCUGACGUCGGCGAAUCUGUCGACGCAGGCGUGGGGGGCGCUGCCGGCUGCUGCUGCUGCUGCUGCUGCUGCCGCCGCUGCUGCUGCUACUACCGUGAGGAGCGGUGGAGGGGACGGCGUUGACGGCGGCGGCGGGGUUGGGGGGAUGAGGGAGAGGAAGAGGAAAGAAAAGCACGAUGGUGGUGGUGGUGAGGAGGAAGGGAAAGAGGUCAGGAUAUGCAGUUGGGAGAUUGGCGUUGCGGUGUGGCCGGCUUUGUUUGGGGAGGGGAGCGAUGGUGGGGGAAAGGAGAGGGCGGCGGUGAUGGUGCCGGUGUUUGGGAGAGAUGAGCCGAGGGCGGAGGAUGUGAGGGGGUUGAGCGGUGGUGGUGGCGGUGGUGGUGGCGAGGCUGUGGUGGGCUGGCGCAUGCCGUAUGAUUGGCCGUUGACGCCAUAUCAAGAAGUCGAUGAGCCGUGGUGCGCGACGGCGAGGUAUGAGGAGCCGGACGUGAAUGGGUUUGUGUGGGAGGGGUUCUGA